AGACAACAAGCGCAAAAGUAUUUAUUUUUCUGAAUGGAGAAAGGAAUUUAAAACGUUUAAAUUAUUGUUUGUAAAAUGUGGUGUUAAAAAUAAUUUUAAAAAUCGUGUAAUUAUUGGCGAGGGUCAGACAGUCAGUCAGAAUUAGGAUAUUUAUCAAAGAAAAGGGGAAUAAAGGAAAACGUGAUAAUAAUGGUUGCAAUAAUAACAAACACAGCAGAGAAUGAUAAGGGCCAUCAUAAAUCACUCGAAGAUGCUAAAACACCAGCUGAUUUUGAAAAAGCUAUUGCAACUGCUGGAUUUGGACGUUUUAAUGUAUUAUUAUUGCUGGUAGCGUGCCCGGCUGCAAUGGCAUCGGUCGUUGAGACGGCUGUCAUAUCUUACAUACUUCCCAGUGCGGAAUGCGAUUUAAAUUUGAAUCUUCUUGAUAAAGGCAUCCUAAAUGCCAUAACCUAUUGUGGUAUGAUAAUAUCGGCAAUCGGUUGGGGUUAUUUAUCUGACAAGAAAGGACGAAAGAAACUGUUGGUGUUUGGUUAUUUGAUGGAUGUCAUUUGUGUUCUUUGUGGAGCCCUGAGUCAAAAUGUUACACAAUUAAUGAUUUCGAAAUUUUUCGGUGGUCUUAUUAUGUGUGGUCCAUUCGCCGUACUGAUGUCAUACUUGACGGAAUUCCACGGCACUGAACAUAGACCACGUAUUAUGAUGUUAAUUGGUAUAAUGUUCUCUAUGGCCUCCAUAAUGUUACCUGUUUUAGCUUUCUUAAUUUUGCCAUAUGAGUGGAAUUUCCAAGUAUUUAAUAUGAAUUUCCAUUCAUGGCAGAUUUAUUUCGCUAUUUGUUGUAUUCCAAGUCUGUUAAGCGGUAUUCUUUUAUCAUUAUUUCCGGAAAGUCCACGUUUUUUAAUGUCACAAGGUAGAAAUGCGGAAGCUUUAAAAAUAUUCCAAAAAAUAUUUGCCAUGAAUAAAAGACAACCUAUAGAAAAUUAUCCCAUAAAACUCCUUGUUAAUGAAAACCCUAACCAUAAAGACUCUGAUCCCCCAGAUAAUGUUAGUAUAGCCACAAUAGAAGCUGCCAUUACUGCUGUCAAAUUAGAUAAGGACCAAAAAGCCAAUACAAACAACAAUAAUAAUAUUGAACCAAGUCGUCCUAAACAGCCCACCGGUUUUAAGCCACUCUUCUUUAAGCCUUAUUUGGGAAAGUGCUUAAUUGUGAAUAUUUUAAGUUUUUUUAUAUUAUUAGGACAAAAUACAAUUCGCCUGUGGUUGCCUCAGCUGUUUGCAUCGUUGCAUGAAUAUGAACAAAUAUCAAGUGAAGCCACUAGUAUGUGUUCGAUCUUGGAAUAUAGUGUAAAUAAGACCGAAAUGGUACAAAUGGUUCAAAAUUCGGAAGAAAACUGUGUUGUGGUUAUUACGCCCGCGACCUAUACAAAUAAUAUUAUUGUUGCUGUAACGGGGCUGUUGGCUUAUUUAGUGGCCGGUUCACUAAUCAACGCUUUGGGUAAUAAACGCAUACAAGUUUUCGGUCUUGUGAUUGCUGGUACAUGUGGGAUUGCUCUAUAUUGGUCUUCGUCAGCUUUAACAACGCUAAUUAUAUCAGCUUUAUAUGUCUGUAUGGGAAGUAUUUCAUCCACAUCGGCUAUAGGUACAUCAGUUAAUUUGUUUCCAACAUCAUUAAGAACCAUGAUUGUUUCAUUAUCAAUGAUGUUUGGACGUAUGGGUUCAAUUACGGGUAAUGUACUGUUUCCAGUUUUUAUGUCUUUUGGUUGCAUUCCGCCAUUUAUAAUGGUGGGUGCUGUUAUGUACAUUGGAGCUAUAUUGUCUGCUUUACUGCCAAGUACAAAUAAAAUAGAUCUUAAAUAAUAUCGUUUUUUACAUAAUUUAUUUACUAGUUAGUUUAAAUUGUAUUUAUAAAGAUUGUUAAUAAUAUAAAUAUAUUGUUAUUUUUUACAAAUCAAAUAUUUUAAUUUCGAGUAAAAAUUGAUUACAUUUAACCCUUU